GUCUUUUUCUUCAAAUUCAUGGCAGUGUAACAGACAAGAAGACAACGGACGGGUGCUAGAUUUACCUAGCUGCUGUCCUAUGAAAGAGAAUAAAAAACCUGUAAAGUGUGCUGAAUUAUUUCAAAGAGGACAUACAACUGGAGCCACCGAGUCCUUCUGGAGCCCCAGUCCAGGUUCUGGAGCUGUGGGAGGUUUACCUGGAUGAAACAACAGGAAGGAAGUUUUUUGUGCAUUCAAUGACCAAAGAGAAGACCUGGAAACCACCUCGCAUUGUGCAGCCAAAUAGAGAAAUAAAGGAAAGUACAAUGGAUGUUCAAAGUGCUUCAAACAAACUAAGCUCCCCUUGUCAAAACCCUGGGGCAGUUCAAAUGAGGAUUAAGAGUAUCACAGCUAACUGUGACAGACUGAGUCAGACCAAGUCCAUGGUGCUGACUGAUCCUGGACACCCCACUAAAGCUGUAUCUCGUCAUAGAAGAAAUCAUUCCCAGCAUAAUUUGGCAGAUAUUAUUACUGGAGAGAAGCCUGAUACUGAAAAAAGUGAAUACCUGAAUAAAGCCAAAAUUGCUGAGGGUGGCAAAAAGUUACGAAAAAACUGGGCCUCAACCUGGGUUGUUCUAGAUGGGAAGAAGCUGUUAUUUUACAAAGAAAGCAAACAACAGGCUUUAACAAAUUUGAAAACUGGAUGCAAGCCUGAGACCGUAGAUCUUUAUGGUGCUCAAAUCGAAUGGACAACCGAAAAGUCGAGCCGAAAGAACGUAUUCCAGAUUACAACCAGCUCAGGCAGCGAGUUUCUUCUUCAGUCAGAGAAUCAUGCCUCUGUGUUCAGCUGGCACAAUGCCAUUAAAAAUGUUAUUGACGGCCUGGGCACAGAUGGAAGGUUAUUACACUCCAACAUUCGGAAAUCUUCAAGUACUGAGCUCGUGAACAGGUGUGGAGAAUCCUCUCCUGCAGUCAAAGAAACUAAACCAGAGAAUAGGAGAUCACUAAUAUUUAAGCUGACCUACAGUGCUUCUGACAGUGGUGAUAAAAAUGGAGUGAAAAACCGACUCAAGAAAUUUAUUUCACGGAGGCCUUCAAUGAAAACACUGCAAGAGAAAGGCUUUAUUAGAGAUCAAGUUUUUGGCUGUCAUUUGGCAAUUCUGUGUAAGCGUGAAGAAACUACCAUCCCAAACUUUGUGAGGCAGUGUCUGAAAAGCGUUGAAGAAAGAGGUCUGGAAGUUGAUGGCAUUUACAGAGUUAGUGGUAACUUGGCCACUAUACAGAAGUUACGAUUUGUAGUGGAUCAGGAAGAGAAGCUGAAUUUGGACGACAGCCAGUGGGAGGACAUCCACGUUGUCACCGGAGCGCUCAAGAUGUUUUUUCGAGAGCUGCCAGAGCCACUGUUCCCAUUCUGCUUCUUCGAGCCGUUUGUUGAGGCAAUAAAAAUGCAGGAUUACCGGCAGCGCGUCCAGUCUAUAAAGAAGCUUGUGUCUCAACUCCCAAAGCCCAAUCAUGACACAAUGAAAGUUCUUUUCAGACAUCUUCAAAAGAUCAUUGCCAAGGCAUCGGAGAAUCUCAUGUCCACUCAAGGUAUAAGCAUUGUGUUUGGACCCACUCUCCUGUGGCCUCAGUUUGAUACUGGAAACAUGGCUGUGCAUAUGGUAUACCAGAACCAGAUUGUCGAACUGAUAUUAAUAGAAUAUUAUGAGAUCUUUGGACCCACAGAUGAGUGACAAUCUGACUUCAGGAAACAGCUGUGCAUCAAUUUUGUUAAACAACAACAAAUACACUUUUUGAUUUUGAUUUGAUUGCCCAUUCCAAUAAUUUGUCAAUUUUAAUAAAUGACCAGCAUUGGAUCAAUGUUUAUAAAGUUGUAUAUAAUUUCUUCAUUCACAAAACUAUAAGUGGCUUUUGCUGUAUAUUCAUUUUUUAACCACUGAAUGGUAUAUUGGAUGCAUUCCCUCAAUUCUACACCAAGAAAGCUAUUCACAGCUACUUGGGUAAAGGAUAAUUGUGAGUUUUAAAAUUAUUUGUAAUUCAGAAGCCUGCUCACCAAUAACAAUUACAUCUCCUAGUUUCCAAUGUUAUUAGAUUUGUGCAUUUAUGUUUAAGUUGGCUGCUACAGUAUAUGCCUAUGAUUAACUUUGCCAGGGUAUGACAUGCUUUUGAGCAUUUGCUGCAGAAUUGCUAACCAAAUGUAAGAUGAUUAAAAAAAGUUUCUUACAGUUUAUAAAUUACAUUUUUAUUUCAAACAUAUUACAGUACUAGGAAGUAAAAAGGCUUGUCAUUACACUUAAUGAAAUACAUGGAUAUUAACUGAUGCUCAAGUCCUCAAUUCGUAAAAGGUCAAUUAAUUCUUAUUUAUAAAGAAAAUAAUACUUAGUUUCCCAGAAAAACAUUAUUUAAAUGACAUAUCUAAUACUAAGAAUGAUAAGCAUGGCCUAUAGCCUACAGUAAAGUGUAAGUUUGUUUUCUCUCUUCCAGGAAGCAUUAGUAAAACAAAAAGACCCAGAUAAGUUACAGUCCCAUGAAUAGGUGAAUUAUAUAACUGUUAAGGCAUCUGCAUUUAUAGAUCGAGGCAGUGGUUCAGGCAAGGAGUUUACACCAGCCCCAGUGUGUUGAAAUCACCCAUUUUAAAACUAACCACUUCAAACCACACUGAACCAAACCAGUUCUUAUGGAUACUGAGCCAUAAUAGGUCUGAGUUCAGCCACAGUGCACUACUAAUGCAGACAAAACCCAGAAUAAGAGUAACAAACUGCAAUAUCAACUUGGCCAACAUAUUUUUGGCACUAUUUACAGACCACUGUUUUUAGAUAUGCAAAUACAGAUGCACCAGAUAGCCACAAUUCACAAUAUACAAUGAUAUGUAUAAUCCACUGCUUCAUAGUUUGAUAAAAUGCCAAUGCAAUAGACUCUUCUUGCACCUGAAUCCAUUUAGGAAUACAGUUUUGAGCAAUUUGUAUCAAUUGUUAGCCAACAAAGGUCUAUGAAUAUAGCCUGCCACAUUAGUGCUUUAUUUUAAUGUAUUAGACGAAAAAUCCAACCCCCUAAGAGCUGGCAUAGCUAUAAAUGGAAUUUAAAUGUUGCAUUUGCAAUAAAAUAUACCUCCAUGUGUAUAAGUGUGUUUAUUUUUCAAUAAAAAUCAUAACAAACA